GUACAAAACUGUAAAAUGAUGGAGGAAAUCAUCACACAAGAGGAAGCUAUAGAGGUACCAGAAAAUCAAAUGAUAAUCCCCCAUCUACUUACCAUUUCUCUGGAGUCUUGUCCCAAAUUGACAAGUUUUAUUGUGGGAAGUUAUAAACUUGAGUGUCCAUCAUUGUAUAAUAUCAAGAUAGCCAAUUGUCCAAACAUGGUUACAUUUUCUUCAACAUUUUCAAGAGUGCUAGAGAAAGAGACAAUUGGUAGAGGAAGUGGAGAAAUGCACGAAAAGGAAGUUCUUGAUAUCCGUGCUGAACCAUUCUUCAGUGAUCAGGUUCAGUUUUCCAGCUUUGUGCAGUUGAAACUGUCCUCAUUGAACAUGCAACAAAUAUUCCCGAAACAACUUUCAACAGUGUCUUCCGUUGUUCAAACUGUACGACUCUUGGCUCUUGAAGGAUGUACUAAUUUGAAAUAUCUAUUUACAUCCUCAACGAUCAAAAGUUUUGUGGCUCUCAAAUUUCUUAUAAUUCGUGAUUGUGCAAUGAUGAAGGAGGUAAUAGUAACAGAAGGAUUAGUAGAAAAGGAAAGCAUUUUGUUCCCUGAACUUAAAGAGCUAACACUUGAAGGCCUUCCCAAACUCAAAAGAUUCUGCUCUGGAUGUUACUUAGUGUUCCCCUUCCUGACAGUACUUGUUAUCAAGAAGUGCCCUCUGUUGGAGACGCUCGUCUCCAAUUCUAUUACUAGCAAUCAGAAGGCCAAUGAAAGAGUAGAAGAAAAGAAUUUGAAGAAUUACAUCCAUACUUAUGCACCGCCUCUCUUCAAUACAAAGGUGGUGUUUCCUAAUUUAAAGGAGCUUUUUAUCUCCCAGAUGAGGAGCUUGAUCAGGAUAUGGGAUGAACAACUUGAUGAAGAUUCCUUCCACAAACUUUAUCUCCUAAGUGUAGAAUAUUGUGAAAAACUAUUGAAUAUUUUUCCAGUUAAUAUGGUAGGGAGGCUACAAAACCUAGGCAAGCUGCAGAUAAGUGAUUGUGCUUCGCUAGAAGAAAUAUUUGAACCUCAAGGACUAGAUGCUGAUGAAUCAGAAGCACAAAUAACUGCUCAAUUGGCUUUGGUGGAAACAACCCCUAAUUUUGUAUUUUCAAAAGUAACAUCUUUGGAUCUUUGCCGGCUACCCAAUCUCAAGAGUUUCUACACUCAAAUACAUACUACAGAAUGGCCAUCAUUGAAAAAAUUGCAUAUGAGUGGAUGUGAUAAAGUGCAGAUACUAGCUUUAGAAAUUUUGAGAACAAGUGGAAAGAACCAACUUGAAAUCCAAAUUGAACACCCUCUGUUCCGGGCUACAUUUCCCAAUCUAGAAGAACUGAUAGUGGAACAGAAUGAUGACCUGAAGGAGAUAUGGCAUGGUGAUGAUGAUGUCAAGAAUGACAUUAUUUUUACCAAACUGAAGUCUUUGCAACUUAAAUGUCUUCCAAGACUAGCAAGCUUUUGCUUAGGGAAUUGCAACUUUGAAUUUUCAUCUUUGGAAGAUGUAAUUGUGAUGAGGUGUCCAAAUAUGAUGACUUUCUCUGGGGGAGAAGUAAGUACACCUAACCUGCAGAAAGUAAAAUUCACAGAAGAUGAAGGUGUAGAAUGUUGGGAAGGUGGCCUUAACCCUACAAUACAACAAUUGUUUGUGGAAAAGGUUGGAUAUGCUGUGGUAGAGCAUUUGACACUCUUGCAGUUUCUUGAGUUGAUGGGAAUAAGGAGCAAGAAACCUCAAGAGAUCUUGAAUUUCAUAUGGCUUUGCUCUCUAGAAAUUUGUAAUUGUGGUAACUUGAGAUACUUGUUAACUCUUUCCAUGGCAUUGAGCCUUGUUUCUCUCAAAAAGAUGAAAGUACAAAACUAUGAACUGCUGGAGCAAGUCAUCUCAGAAGAAGGGGCCAACUUGAAGGACGGCAUUGUUUUCACCAAACUGAAGUCUUUGGAACUUAAAGGUUUACCGAGACUUGAAGGCUUUUGUUUGGGUAAUUGCAACUUUGAAUUCACAUCUUUGGAAGAUGUAAUUGUGAUGGCAUGCCCAUAUAUGAUGACUUUCUCUGGGGGAGAAGUAAGUACACCAAAACUGCAUAAAGUGAAAUUAACAAGAGAUGAUGAAGAUGAAGGAUGUUGGGAAGGUGGUCUUAACCCUACAAUACAGCUUUUGUUCAAAAAAAAGAGUGUUGGUGACUCUAACGAAGACUGAAAUUUAUGCUUUAUAAAAGCUAGUGUUGGUUUGAUCUUCAAUAUGGUGAGUGGAUUCUCUGAUUCCAUCAACUUUACUUUUUUGAUAUUUCCCAUAAGGACACAUCUCUUAUACAAUCUCUACAUGUUCUUGAUAUCUUCUUACUGAUAGGUCAUAUGGCUCUGGAUUUUAGUGACUGCAAGCUGCAAAUUUUCUUGGCACCUAUAAUAUUAUUUAGAUUUCUAAAACUAGUCUUCAAAGUUUUUGAACUGCUUGUGUGACUUCGACUUGUUAGUAUUUAAUUUCAUGUCUUGGUUUAUUGUGGUGUUUAGGACAAUAUUUAAACCUUGUGUUAAUCAGAACAUAUGUAUCUUAAUACAAAAAACGUGGUGUCUAAACUUUGGUAUUGUAGCUUCUAAGCAUUUUAUUUUCUUUUGCUGGCUUGGUUUUGAACAUGAUGUUGCAACAAGAUUUCGUAUGAAUCGAGCUAUGCAUUGUCUU